AGCACUGACAGUGUCUAUUCUCGGAACCCUUUCUGUGGGGCUUGGUCUGCAGCACCUCUGACACAGGCAGCCAUGCCGCGCAGCCCAACGUCCAGCGAGGACGAGAUGGCCCAGAGCUUCUCCGACUAUUCCAUGGGCUCGGAGUCGGACAGCUCCAAAGAGGAGACCAUCUACGACACCAUCCGGGCCACGGCGGAGAAGCCGGGCAGUGCCAGGACGGAGGAGAGCCAGGGCCACACGCUGGUGAUCCGUAUUGUCAUCCAGGACCUGCAGCAGACGAAGUGCAUUCGAUUUAACCCGAAUGCCACCGUGUGGGUGGCAAAGCAGCGGAUUCUGUGCACCUUAAACCAGAGCCUGAAAGACGUCCUGAACUACGGGCUCUUCCAGCCGGCAAGCAACGGGCGCGACGGGAAGUUCCUGGACGAGGAGCGUCUGCUGCGCGAGUACCCGCAGCCCGAGGGCAGCGGCGUCCCUUCCCUGGAGUUUCGGUACAAGAAGCGGGUGUAUAAACAGUCCAAUCUCGACGAGAAGCAGUUGGCCAAGCUCCACACAAAGACCAAUCUGAAAAAAUGCAUGGAUCACAUUCAGCAUCGUUCAGUAGAGAAAAUCGUCAAGAUGCUGGAUCGAGGUCUGGACCCCAAUUUCCAUGACCCGGAGACCGGAGAGACCCCCCUGACCUCAGCCGCUCAGCUGGACGACUCCAUGGAGGUCAUCAAAGCUCUCAGAAAUGGCGGGGCUCACCUGGAUUUCCGUGCUAAGGAUGGGAUGACUGCCCUGCACAAAGCCGCCCGAGCCAGGAACCAGGUUGCCCUGAAGACCCUCCUGGAGCUUGGAGCAUCCCCCGAUUACAAAGACAGCUACGGCCUCACGCCCCUGUAUCACACCGCCAUUGUCGGGGGCGACCCCUACUGCUGCGAGCUACUGCUGCACGAACACGCCACCGUGUGCUGCAAAGACGAGAAUGGCUGGCACGAGAUCCACCAGGUGCGAGGAUGUCUUCUUUUCAACUUGCAGGACAGCUGUGCCAGAGUGCUGCUGUUUCGAGGCGGAAAUAAGGAAUUAAAAAAUUACAACAGCCAGACUCCAUUUCAG